CUUACUUGGAACACAAGAAGGUCAGGUUACCACAUACAUGAAGGGCAGUAACCACAACUAGCACAAACUGUACCUCUAUUUAAGACACACUUACUUUUGGCACAUCCUCCCACAACUUUCUGUUUAUCCAACACAUUUUCUUCAUUUCUUCAGAAGUCGCACAAACUAUGUGAAGAAACUGAAAAAAUGCUGACCGUUGGAUUCAUUUUACUCCUUUGUCCAGUUCGUAAGUUCUUAUUAUUUCACAAUUAUCAUGUUAUAUCAUACGAUGUAUUUGACGAGUUGCUUGUUUUGUGUGUGUGUGUGUUUUUCAGAUCUUGUCAAAACACAAACAGAUUUUCAGUCUAAUGACAGUCUGGUUUUUGUUAACGAAGGAGACAGUGUGAACAUUACUUGUCAUUACCAAAGUGAAAUGGCCAUGCACUUCUCAUGGUACAAACACAAACUUGGUCAGAAGCCUAAACUCAUUUCCAAUUUCUACAAAUAUGACCAGAAGGCCACAUUCCAUCAUGAAUUCAAGGGGAAUGCUCGUUUUAACAUGGUGAACAAGAAAGGCGUAACUCAUCUGGAAAUAAAAGAGAUACAGCUCUCUGACUCGGCUACAUAUUACUGUGGAAGUGCUCAUUCCAACAUAGUGGAGUUUGGGGAAGGAACCCAGCUGCUAGUACAAGGUAACAAUGCUUUACAGAUGCAUAGUUUUUCUGUGAUCCAGCGACCUGUGCUAGAACUGUCUAAUCCCGGAGCAUCCGUGACUCUGCACUGUACUGUCACUGCUAAUCGCUGUGCUGGGAAGCAAAGUGUCUACUGGUUCAGACAUAACUCUGGAGAAUCUCAGCCAGGUUUCAUCUACACUCAUGAAGACAGCAAUGAUUUCUGUAAGAAGAAAGGAACUGGUGCUAAUUCUCCUACACAGACAUGUGUUUACAGUCUGCCCAAGAUGAACCUCAGUCCCUCUGAUGCUGGAACGUAUUACUGUGCUGUAGCUGCGUGUGGAGAGAUCCUGUUUGGAAAUGGAACUAAGCUGGAUAUAAACAAAACAGAUCAGAGCUGCUCUGAACAUAUUCACACCUUGGUUCUAUUUUCUAUCAUAAGAUCUUCUGUUCUUGUGUGUUGUUCUGUUGUGAUUAUGAUAUACAUUUAUAGAGCCAAAAAAGCAGCAUCUUCCUACAGAAAGACUUGGAAGAAAAAAACGUACUUGCCCAAAUAAAAAAAAAAAAGCGAGUAGCUUAAUAGUAAUAGUAAUAGUGAUUCAUUUCUCAGUGGAUUGUUCAAACUAAGAAACUGUAAAGCACUAAAUUAAUUUAUAAAUUAAUUGAAUGUCCAAAUCAAUGUUCAUGUCAAUUUGCUCUUGUUAAUACAAUGUCAACAAUAUUGAUUACAAUAAAAAAAAAAAAAAACUAAAUUUUUUCUUUUUUUUUCAGUGUGGUGAAUUUAGUAGCAAUAACAUUGUUUCUGUGUGAUCUGUCUUUAAGCCACUUUAAUGUAAGAUGGCACAGUCUUAUGGUACCCAAUAAAAUGUCUUUUCAUUGAAUUUUAUUUUGCUAUCGAGUGGCUUGUAAAUAUCCGAGGAAACUUCUGAGAGGAAACUUGAAAUAAAGAAAAACAAAACAAAACAAGGACUGUAAUGCGUUGUGUGAUUUCCACUUAACGUGGGAUUACACGAAACCUAACAAAGUACAGGAAUCUAAUAAUAUUCAGCGAUGUAGGUGUUAUCUGUGGAAAAGACACAGCCACGCUAUAAGUUUCCAAUUUUUGUUCUGGUCCAUACAUCUACUUGUUCUCCUUGCCUACUAUAUAUGCUACACUCCACUUCAAAAAUGGGGGUAUUUAUACUGUAGAACACUGAAGUUUCAUGAAUAUGUUCAGAGCUUUCAGAGCUUUCUCUUCAUGUUUGAAAAUAUCAGUUUAUUUACGUUGAUUUGAACAAACUGAGUUACGCUAAGACUAGUUGCUCUAGUUUGAAGGGAUGAUGUGUCUUGCCAAGUUUAUUAAAGAAGCGAAUUCAUUCAUUCAUACUUGAAAUUUACAACUGUAAUGGAAAAAAAAAACUGUUUGUGUUAACAAAUUAAGUUGUUAUUAUUCAGUUGGUGCUGCAUGUUAAAAAUAAAUUUUGGAUUGCAUAAUUUA